AUGAAUUUUUUUAUAACGCUCAUUCUUGUGUUUUUGUAUACAAGCGAUGUGAAGGCGAAAUGUCGGUUUCGCGGUGAGUGCAUCGAAAUCGCGGGCCAUGCAAAGCCUUGCCCUGUGGAUAUUGAAGCAAGACCUGUCGUAGAAGGACUGUCGCCAGCAGAUGCCGAAGAAAUCGUUGACAUUUUAACUGAAAGAUGUCCUAGUCUUGUUUUCGAUGAAAACGGUGUUAAGAAGCCAUUCAAUGAAAUCUUAACUUGUUGUGAACCCGUCCAAAUCAGGAAGCUAUCGGAGAGCUUAAUGUUGGCUGAUGGUAUCCUGGGCCGUUGUCCAACAUGCUUAAGAAAUUUCGCCAGACAAAUUUGUGAGAUGAACUGUUCUCCUGAUCAAUCUCGUUUCGUUGAUGUCUACACUGAAGUAUCAGGAGGUGUCCGAUAUGUGAACGAAAUCGAUUAUAGACUUUAUGAACCGUUUAUGCUGGGAGCUCACGCAUCGUGUGCCGGCGUUAUAAUUCCACAAACGGGCUUACCAGCAAUUAACAUGAUGUGUGGCAAUGCAGUUGUUUGUGAUGCUGAUGCAUGGUUUGGAUUUACUGGAGACACCUCAAGCAAUCCAAUGGCACCGGUGCAAGUUAACUUUUUAAGGUGGCCUACACCCGAAGACUCAAUGAAUGCGCCUGCUCCACAGUGUAACGAAACCGCAGAAGGUGAUCUUCCAUGUAGUUGCGUUGAUUGCGCUGCCAUGUGCCCAACUGGGACUGAACCCGUUGUUCCUGAAAUUUGUACUGUUCUAGACGUUCACUGCGUUGGUUUCGCAGUUGGUAUUACGGUAUUUGUAAUAACAACUAUAAUAUUCAUUAUUUUAACGCUACUAGAAUACCGUAAGCUAAGGAAAGUUGAAACCAAGACUCCGUUACCGGCCGAUGUUCAAAGGUUUACAAUAUUUUUCCAAAAUCUAUUUGCGAAGAUUGGUGUUUUUGCCGCAAACAAUCCUAUACUUAUAAUAAUGGUAACCUCGUGGGUAUCAAUAGGUGUGUUAUAUGGCGCUUUUAGUCUUAACAUAACUUCGAAUCCUAUUGAACUUUGGUCUUCACCAGUAUCCCGCAGUCGAGAGCAAUUAAAUUAUUUCAAUACUAGAUUUGGUCCUUUUUACCGUGCGGCACAAGUUUUCUUGCAGUUCAAAGGAUUGGAGCCAUUUGAAGUAGAUAAUGUGACAUAUGGAUCUGCAUUUAGAAUUGAAGCUAUUCAUGAAUUGAUCAAACUAGAAGAUGAAAUUUAUAAAAUUGGAAAAGAUGACGGUCGCGUUUCACUAGAACAGGUUUGUUAUGCUCCUAAUCGUCCCAGAGGGGGAGAACAAAGACUUGAUCAAUGUGUUUCGAUGUCUGUAUCUGUAUACUUCGGUCAGGAUAGGGAUAACAUCAAUGAAAAUACCUAUUUAGAUCAAAUACAAAAUUGUCUGAACAAUCACUAUGCACUCAACUGCUUAGCAUCAUGGGGAGGUGGUUCCGAACCUGAGAUUACUUUUGGAGGUUUCGAAGGAAACAACAUUCUUAGUGCUGACACGCUUCUUAUUAACUUUCCAAUUACAAACUUCAUGUUAGAGGAAGAUUUGAGACCUGUCUUGGAAUGGGAGCAGAAAUUCAUAGAUCUAUUACAUGACUACAGAGACAACUGGAAGUCAGAUUUCGUUGAAGUGGCUUUCGGUACCGAAAGAUCAAUCGAAGAUGAGAUUCGACGGGUUUCAGUUGCAGAAAUUUUGCCGAUUUCGAUAAGCUACAUUAUAAUGUUUAUAUAUGUUAUUAUAGCGUUAGGAAAUGUAAGGCACUGUAAGACGUGGUUACUUGAUAGUAAAAUAGUAGUAGCAGCUGGUAGUAUUGUCGUAGUACUCCUUUCCAUUGGAUGUGCUUUAGGCUUAAUGGGCUACACAGGUAUUACAACAACCUUAUUGGCCAUUAAUGUUAUACCUUUCUUCAUUCUUUCAGUUGGCAUUGACAACGUUUUCUUAAUGGUGAAUACAUUGCACGAUAUUCAGAACGAUCUUAAAUCAUACGAUGACUAUAACGAAAAUUUUAGUUUUGUAAAGAAACGUAGUUUCGUUUUUGAAAAGAUGAUGAGUGCAGUCGGCCCUUCCAUAUUUGUUUCAUCAGUAACCCAAAUUACUUGUUUUGGUAUUGGAAGUAUAACUAAUUUCCCAGCUGUUCAAACAUUUGCUGUAUUUGCGAGUUUUUCCUUAACUUUCCUAUUUGUAUUUCAAAUCACGACUGUGGUAGCGAUUUUGUCCCUUGAUUACAAACGUGUGUCGCAAAACCGACCUGAUCUAUUUUGCUGUAUUCGAAAGAAGAUUCUUAAUGAUGACGAUCCUUUAAAUUCUGAAACUCCUUAUAAGAGUAUCACGAAAAGACUCAUGAAGCCUUAUUCUAAAUUUUUACUAAACUGGAAGACAAAGAUCAUUGUUGCUAUUUUGUUUAUGCUGUUGGUAUCUACUAGUGUUGUUUUAAUUCCACAAGUGGAAAUUGGCUUAGACCAAGAAAUGAGUUUGCCAACCGAUUCUUAUGUAUAUAGUUAUUUAGUUGCAGUUAGUAAGCUUUUACGUCUUGGGCCCCCGGUAUAUUUUGUUCUUAAGGCUGGCUUAGACUUUUCAAACACAAAUCAUCAAAAUGUUAUCUGCGGUGGUCAACUAUGUUAUGAUGAUUCUCUAUUCACUCAAGUGUUUUUAGCUUCUCAACAUAGCAGCAUCACUAGGAUUUCAAAAAGUUCUAAUUCAUGGUUAGACGAUUUUAUUGAUUGGACAAGUUUGUCUGGAGCUUGUUGCAAAUAUAAUACAACCGAUAAUGGAUUCUGUCCUAGUACAGAUAACUCCCCUGAAUGUGCUUUCUGUACUAUAGGAAGGGACGAAUGGGCCAACGGAUUACGUCCCAGUUCAGAAGCAUUUAAGAGAUAUAUUCCAUUCUUUUUGCGAGAUGAACCGACUCCAACCUGCAAUAAAGGGGGUCUUGCGAGUUAUGCAAAUGCCGUGAAUUAUUUACUUGAUUCUGAAGGACAUGCCACUGUGCGUGACACUAAUUUCAUGGCUUACCACACUUCAGUAAGUACAUCUUCAGAUUAUAUCGAAGCAGUAAAGUAUGGAUAUGAAAUCAGUGAUAGUAUAACUGCAGCCAUAAAGAAACGCACAGGCUUAGAUGUUGAAGUGUUUCCAUAUUCAAUAUUUUACGUUUACUAUGAACAAUACCUAACAAUAUGGGGUGAUACGUUUGCAGCUCUAGGCUAUUGUCUCAUUGGUGCUUUGGUUAUCAAUUUACUAGCAUCUGGAUUCAAUUUCUUAACAACUUUUGCCGUUAUAUUUACGGCGAUUUUGGUUGUCAUAAACAUGAUGGGCGUUAUGUACAUUUGGAAUAUUCCUUUAAAUGCCGUGUCUUGUGUUAACUUAGUUGUUUCUAUCGGUAUUGCUGUUGAGUUCUGCAGUCACAUUGCCUAUGCAUUCGAUUCGAGUACUCGUCCCGCAGAUGAAAGAGUACAAGAUGCGUUACAAAAGAUAGGUUCUACAGUUAUUACUGGUAUUACAUUUACGAAUAUACCUAUUAUUGUUUUAGCGUUCUCAUACACGCAAGUAAUAGAGGUAUUUUUCUUUAGAAUGUUCUUUACUUUGAUAAUUUUGGGAUUCUUACACGGGAUGGUCUUCUUCCCUGUAUUGUUAAGCUACCUGAACAAUUUAAGGAACAAAUAA